UUAAUCCUUCUCUUUGGCUCUGUAUUCCCCUACUCCCUCUUUUCUCUGAGAGCCACACCUACACAGGCACCCAAAAACUCUCUCUCUCUCUCUCUCUCUUCUCAUCUAUCCAUAUUCUCUCGAGCGGCAUACUUUGUCGAUUUCCUAGCACCAUGACAAAACCAUCAUCAAUGGAUAUGUAGCUUUACACCCACUUUAACAAAUCCAAUAAUUUAAGUUUUCGACCAGAAAUUGGUCGAUCAUCUUCUCCAUCUGAUUAUCAGGGGAUCCUUCACCGGUGCUCUUAAGGUCCCUGUGUUCCUCAAAAUGACCCACAUGCAAGGGGACAGAAGUGUUUUGGACUCCUUUCCAGAAAACAUUGAUCUUAAUCAGGGAUCUGUUUCAAAUAAUGCUUCCAUGGAUGCGACAGCUCCCUGGGAUAACUUUCGGAAUCCAGUAGAUAAUCGAUUGUCAAAUCCCAUGCUUUCUCCUUCUGGAAGAAAUCCUAGUUAUGUUAAUGGUGUUAAUUAUAAUGCUCAAAGCUUUAGUGGCUGGGAUCAAGGUGAAUCCAGCUCCACUGCUAAUUUGCAUGACCGAACACGUGGCAGUGACUUGAAAAUCGGACAAGGUUGGACUUCUUCAUCAAAUGAUUAUGUUAUGAUUAAUCCAAGGUCAGAACGCCGAUUUGAACCUUCUAAUGUCUUUUCUACAAGCGGUUAUGGUGGCAAUCAUGUAAUUGGCAGGCCUCCAAGUGUAUCAUCAAGCCUUACCUUGGAUCAUAGUCCAGUAAAUUCUAAUUUGAGUGGUGGAUACAAUAAUGAUGAUGGUCGUCUGGUCAUGCGAACAAGUGUACCUCCACUUCACAAAUCUGAUAGGUCGGAAGUGGUGCGUCCUCCGGCUUUCAGUCCAUCUGGCAGUGGAACCUUUACAGGUAGUUCUGGUUAUUUGACAGGGACAAGUAAUGUAUCAAGUUCUUCUAUGGAUAAUUGGGGUUCAUCUUGCAAGCGCAAAGCCAUUGAAGGCAAUUCUGGACAUUCUUUUGCAGGUGGAAGUUCAAGCUCCAAUGCAGGACCUGAGAACACUGUACAGCAUAACUAUCCAAGUUGUAAUAAUGCUUCGAGCAGCAUAAACAGACUACCCCGCUCUGCAAAUAUGCAGAAUGUUGGUUAUCUGGAGAAUACUUAUCCAAGAAAUGGGGUUGGUACAAGUAUGUCUGCUUCUGAUAUAUUUCCUCCAUUAAGUGCUGGUGGAAUUGCAGAAAGCUCUGCAAGAAAUUUUGGUGCUAUAGCAAAUCUUGUGAAUCAGGAUCUCAUUACAUCUGGUUUACUACCGAUUGGCGCUACUGUAGGGCAUUCUAGUGUCAGCCCUGCCCAUGUGCCGCCUGGAUCUGCCUCAGUAACAAGCUCUUUGGACUCGAGACAACCAUUUUCACAGCCAAUGAAUUCAGGUAACCUUGGAGGCCAGUCUCACAUGAUGCAAGUUCCUGGUUUUUCUAGAGGUUUUCACUCGCUUCCCUGGGAAGCAUCUCCUAGUUCACGAGGCGGUAGUUCAUCAAUGAUUUCUGGAGAUAGAGGUGCUUCAUUGGGAGAUGAAUCUAACUUCAGUACUGUCAGAAAUAAUGGGGAGUCCCAUCCAUUUGUUCCUGAGACAAGAAAUAUGGUACUUGACCCCACAAAUUGGAGCUUAGCUACUGCAAAUGCAAGCUCUUCUAGAAAUAUUCCUAGUUCUGCAAUGGGUCCUGGUUCAAGAGCACGUAAUUCUCCUACUGCAUGGGCUAAUCAGAAUUCAGCAACUACUAGCUAUGAUGGAUUACCAGAAUUUGCUCCUUGGGUUCUCUUCCCAUCAGGUGAGCCCGAGUCUGGAAGUCAGAGAGGUCGUUCUUCUCUGCUACCUUCAGCUGCUUCUUCCUCAGAGGAUCCAGUGAUGUCUUCCCGAUAUGGUAGCCGGGGUAACCGUCAACCACAUCUUAGAUCGAGUUUGAUGGUUGAUCCAGGGGAUGAUGUAGAUGGUUGGCGUGCUUUAGCUGCUGAUGUUGAGGGUCGACACAGACUGAUUCGUCAAGUCCUGAAUGCCAUGCGGAGAGUCGAGAACUUGAGAUCAGAGGAUUAUAUGUUGGUUGAUCCAUUUAUCAAUGGAGUUGCUGAGUUCCAUGAUAGGCAUAGGGCCAUGAGGCUCGACGUUGAUAAUAUGUCCUAUGAGGAACUAUUGGCUUUGGAAGAACGUAUAGGAAAUGUAAACACAGGCUUGAGUGAAGAAACCAUUUCAGUCAAUAUGAAACAGCGGAAGCAUGGGUCUUUACGUGGACAGUCCUCAUCCAACUUGGAACCUUGCUGUAUAUGUCAGGAGGAAUACACAUCUGGAGAUAUCAUGGGCAUUUUGGAUUGUGGGCAUGAAUUCCAUACUAAUUGCAUUAAGCAGUGGUUGAUCCUGAAGAAUACCUGUCCCAUAUGUAAGAUGACUGCCUUGAAAACUUGAAAGAAUUACCUGCAACAGCUAUUUUUUUCGUCUUCUAUUUCCUCCCCGUUCUAGUUAAGAAGACGGUGAACGAACACACAAAUAAGGGAGGUUCUUGAGUCAACUUAGUAAUACUAUACUAUGGCUCCUGGAAAAUCUUACUCAUGAUGGAACCAAAGGAGUUGUAAGUAAAAAUAUUUGACAUUGUGUUGAGGGAAUUAUUUAAACCUUUUACCUUUUUCUGUGUUGCAUAGAGUAAUACAUCACUAGACCAAAGACCAAUUUUGGAGGUUA